UGCAGUUGUUCACAUUCACCAGCCAUGAAGGUGCUUGUGCUAGUUCUCACCGUGGCCCUUGCGGCGGGGAGCCAAGUCAAUUUAGCCCCUGAAUUUGAUAACGGAAAGACCUACAUCUAUAAAUAUGAAGCAGUGCUUUUGGGUGGCCUGCCUGAGAACGGUCUGGCACGGGCUGGAAUGAAAAUCCGCAGCAAAGUCUGGAUCGGUGCAGAGACUGCCAACACCUUCAUGCUGAAGCUUGUGGACCCUGAAAUCUUUGAGUACAGUGGCAUCUGGCCCAAAGAUGCUUUCGUUCCAGCCACCAAGCUCACCGAGGCCCUGGCUGCUCAGCUCUCGACACCCGUGAAGUUUGAGUAUUCCAGUGGUGUGGUUGGCAGAGUGUUUGCACCGGAUGGCAUCUCUGCAACUGUGCUGAAUAUCCACAGGGGAAUCAUCAACAUCUUCCAGUUGAACAUCAAGAAGACUCAGAACGUCUAUGAGCUGCAAGAGCCUGGAGCUCAAGGUGUGUGCAAGACCCAAUACGUCAUCAGUGAGGAUGCAGAGGCUGACCGCAUCAUGCUGACUAAAACCAAAGACCUGAACAACUGCCACGAGAGAAUUAUUAAGGACAUUGGGUUGGCUUACACAGAAAGAUGUGCAGAGUGUGACGCUAGAGGAAAGAUCCUGAAGGGAGCGGCUGCUUAUAAUUACGUCAUGAAGCCAGCAGCAUCAGGUGCUCUGAUUUUGGAGGCAACUGCUACUGAGAUCGUCCAGUUCUCACCUUUAAACAUCAUGAACGGCGCUGCCCAGAUGGAGUCUAAGCAAAUCCUGACCUUUAUGAAUGUCGAGAAGACCCCAAUUGAGCCCAUCAGAGCGGAAUAUAUUCACCGCAACUCGCUUCAGUAUGAGUUUGGCAGUGAGAUUUUCCAGACACCCGUCCAGCUUUUGAGGAUCACCAAUGCCGAGGCUCAGGUACUUCAGGGAAAACACCAUCUCAAAUCAGAUUUUUGUUGAACUGAUCCUGUAGCAGCAACACACUUUAACAUGGGAAAUAUUUUUGUUUCCUCCCAGAUUGUUGAGAUCCUGAACCACCUGGUGACCUUCAAUGUGGCCAAGGUCCAUGAAGACGCUCCUCUGAAGUUUAUUGAGCUCAUCCAGCUGCUGCGUGUGGCCAGAUAUGAGAGUAUUAAGGCCCUGUGGGCUCAGUUCAAAGUUAGACCCGAUCACAGGCACUGGAUCCUGAAUGCUGUCCCUGCCAUUGGUAAUCAUGUUGCGCUGAGGUUCAUCAAGGAGCACUUCCUCGCUGGUGAGCUAUCUUUUGCUGAAACUGCUCAAGCCCUGCUGGCAUCUGUUCACAUGGUGACAGCCGACUUGGAGGCCAUCAAGCACGCUGAGGCUCUGACUGUGCACGACAAGAUCCAAGAAAACCCAGUGCUGCGUGAGAUUGUUAUGCUGGGCUAUGGCACUCUGGUUGCUAAACACUGUGCAGAGAACCCAGCUUGCCCAGCUGAGCUUGUGAGGCCCAUCCAUGAACGUGCUGUCCAGGCUGUCUCCAGCAGUAACUAUGAGGAGCUCAUUGUCACUCUCAAAGUUCUGGGUAAUGCUGGACAUCCGGCCAGCCUUAAGCCAAUCAUGAAGCUGCUGCCCAGCUUCAGUAGUGCUGCUGCUGAUAUGCCAAUCAGAGUUCACAUUGAUGCUGUUCUGGCUCUGAGGAACAUUGCUAAGAAGGAGCCCAAGACUGUCCAGGAAGUGGCUGUUCAGCUAUUCAUGGACAAGGCUCUCCAUCCAGAGCUCCGUAUGGUUGCAGCUAUCGUGCUGUUUGAGACCAGGUUGCCCAUGGGUUUGGUGACUACUGUUGCCGAUGCCAUCUUGAGAGAAACAAACUUGCAGAUUGCUAGCUUUGUGUACUCUUACAUGAAGGCCAUGACCAGGAACACCGCUCCCGACUUUGCCUCUGUUGCUGCUGCCUGUAAUGUUGCUGUCAAGAUCCUCAGCCCCAAAUUCGACAGACUGAGCAACCGCUUCAGCAGAGCUUUCUAUUUCAAUGCCUACCACAACCCCUGGAUGAUAGGUGCGGCUGCCAGCGCCUUCUAUGUUAAUGAUGCUGCAACUGUUUUGCCAAGAGCCAUCGUGGCCAAAGCUCGCACCUACAUGGCAGGAGCUUAUGCAGAUGUAUUGGAGAUUGGAGUGAGAAGUGAGGGAAUCCAGGAGGCCCUUUUGAAAAACCGUGAAGCUCCUGAGAAUGCUGACAGAAUCACCAAGAUGAGACAAGUUAUGAAGGCUGUUUCUGAGUGGAGGGCUCAUCCUUCAAGCCAGCCCCUGGCCUCUAUGCAUGUGAAAUUCUUUGGACAGGAAAUAGCAUUUGCCAACUUUGACAAAGCCAUUGUUGAUCAAAUUAUUGAGUUUGCCAGUGGUCCAGCAAUUCACACUUAUGGGAAAGAGGUUUUGGAUACUCUGCUGUCUGGUUUCACAAUCAAUUAUGCUAAACCAAUGCUGGUUGCUGAGAUUCGUCGCAUCUUUCCCACCACUGUUGGUCUGCCCAUGGAGAUCAGUUUCUAUACUUCUGCAGUGGCUGUUGCAGCUAUUGAAUUCCAAGCAACUGUGACACCACCUUUGCCCGAGAAUUUCCAUGUUGCCCAGCUUCUGAAGUCUGAUAUCAACAUUAGGGCUGCUAUUGCACCAAGUGUUGCCAUGCAUACCUACGCAUUUAUGGGAGUGAAUACUGAUUUCCUCCAGGCUGCACUGAUGUCAAAAGCCAAAGUUUACACAAUUGUUCCUGCAAAGAUGGAAGCAAGAAUUGAUGUCAUUAAGGGCAACUUCAAGCUUCAGUUCCUUCCUGUUCAAGGCAUCGAUAAGAUUGGAUCUGCACUUGUUGAGACUGUUGCUGUUGCAAGGAACGUAGAAGACCUCGCAGCUGCCAAAUCCACACCAAUUAUUCCAGCUGAAGUUGCAGCGCGGGUGUCAAGCGAGACCUUUACUUCAAAGAUUUCUAGGGUAGCAUCCUCUCUGGGCAUUGCCUCGUCAGAAUCAGCUGAAAUUCGAGCCGACCUGCCAAGCAACAUUGCCAGGAAACUUAAAGUCCCCUAUGCCAUCAAGGAGAAAAUAUGUGCUGCAAUUAAAACCUUUGGAAUCAAGGCAUGUGCUAAGACUGAAUCUCGCAACGCUGCCUUCAUCAGGGACUGCCCACUCUACGCCAUGAUUGGAAAACAUUCUGUCAAUGUUGAGGUUGCUCCAGCUGCUGGACCAGUCAUCGAGAAGAUUGAAAUUGAGAUUCAGGUUGGAGAUAAAGCAGCUGAAAAGAUCAUCAGAGUGAUUAACAUGAGCGGGGAAGACGACCAGCUCGAGGACAAGAAUGUCCUGAUGAAACUCAAGAAAAUCCUGGUUCCUCGUGUGAAGAACAGCACAACAUCUUCUUCCAGUUCCAGCAGCUCCAGCAGCUCCAGUUCAAGCAGCUCAUCCUCCUCCUCAUCUUCCACCCGUAAAGUUAUUAGUCUCAUCAACAGGAGCUCCAGCAGCUCCUCCUCAUCUUCCGGCCGCAAAGAUAUUACUCUCAUCAACAGGAGCUCCAGCAGCUCCUCCUCAUCUUCCGGCCGCAAAGAUAUUACUCUCAUCAACAGGAGCUCCAGCAGCUCCUCCUCAUCUUCCGGCCGCAAAGAUAUUACUCUCAUCAACAGGAGCUCCAGCUCCAGCCAGUCCAGCGCCUCCUCAUCCAGCUCCAGCGAGGAGCAGUCAAAGAAAAAACAGUAUGAGAUGAAGUUUACCAAGAGCCAUGUCCACCAGCAUGCCCUCUCCACAGGUCGUGUCAACAGCAAGAGCAGUGCCUACAGCUUUGAAGCCAUCUACAAUAAGGCCAGGUACCUCGCUAAUACUGUCACUCCUGCCAUGACCAUUCUCAUCCGUGCUGUGAGAGCCGACCACAAGUUACAGGGAUACCAGAUUGCAGCUUACUUAGACAAAGCUACUGCAAGACUGCAGGUCAUUUUUGCCAACCUGGCUGAGGAUGACAAUUGGAGACUCUGUGCCGAUGGUGUGAUGCUGAGCAACCACAAGCUGAUGGCCAAGAUUGCCUGGGGCAUUGAGUGCAAACAAUAUGAGACUGAGAUCAGAGCUGAGACUGGUGUCGUGGGUCAAGAGCCGGCAUUCCGCUUGAAGAUUUCUUGGGACAAACUUCCAAAAUGCAUGAAGCGCUACGCUAAGGAGCUUUCUAGGUACAUUUUGCGCAGUGCUACAGAGAUGGGUGUAAGCCAGGCAAGGGGCAGGAAUGUUCGUAAUCAGGUCAUACUGACUAUGGCUGCUGCUUCUGAGACAAGCCUGAAUGUUGUGCUGAAGACACCAAAGAUGACCAUUUACCAACUUGGUGUGGGUAUCCCUGUUUCUCUGCCACUGGGAAACACGGCUUCUGAGCUGCAAGCCUACCAGAACAACUUGGCUGACAAGAUCACCUACAUGAUCAGCAAGGCUAAUGCAGCUGAGUGUGCCAUGGUCAAAGACACACUGACCACAUUCAACAACAGGAAAUACAAGAUGCAGCUGCCCCACUCUUGCUACCAGGUUUUGGCUCAGGAUUGCACCCCAGAACUUAAAUUCAUAGUUUUGCUGAAGAGAGACCAAUCACAGGAGCAGAACCAUAUCAAUGUGAAGAUCGCAAACAUCGAUGUUGACCUGUAUCCCAGGGACAGUGAAAUUGUGGUGAAGGUUAAUGGAGUAGAAAUCCCCACCAGCAACCUGCCAUAUCAGCAUCCCGGAGGCAAAAUUCAGAUCAGACAGAGUGAGAUGGGCGUUGCUCUCUAUGCUCCCAGCCUUGGUCUUCAGGAGGUCUACUUUGAUAUGAAUACACUGAGGGUUAAAGUUGUGGACUGGAUGAAAGGACAGACUUGUGGACUCUGUGGAAAGGCUGACGGCGAAAUCAGACAGGAGUACCGCACACCCAACAAACGCCUGACCAAGAGUGCAGUCAGUCACGCCCAUUCCUGGGUUCUGUCUGGAAAGAGCUGCCGUGAUGCCUCUGAAUGUUACAUGAAGCUUGAAUCUGUGAAGUUGGAGAAGCAGAUGAACCUCUAUGGCCAGGAGUCCAAAUGCUACUCUGUUGAGCCUGUGCUGCGCUGCCUGCCCGGCUGCAUACCAGUGAGGACAACCACCGUCACUGUUGGCUUCCACUGCCUGCCUGCUGAUUCUAACCUGAACCGCUCUAUGGGUCUGAGCAGAAUCUAUGAGAAGAGUCCUGAGGUGAGGGAAUCAACAGAGGCCCACCUGGCCUGUCGCUGCACCGCUCAGUGCACUUAAUCUCAUUGCCUUAAUACUUUUGUCCUUGUUUCAUGCGAGUACUGUUGAUUACUUUGUUUGAACUGUAAAUUUCAAUAAAUUGCUGAAGCAUGUGAA